AUGAAGCUCUCCUUCCUCGCCGCCAUCACCCUCGUCGGUGCCGCCAUCGCCUCCCCCGUCGCCGGCGGUAAGGAGCAGAAGCCCGCCAUCAAGGAGGGCCAGCCCUGCAAGCAGGACGGCAGCAUGGGUAACUGCGAGACCAACUACUGCGAGGCCAAGGGCGACGCCGAGGGCACCUGCAAGCCCAUGCCCAAAUAG